AUGGAUGCAUUGGGAGAUGAUAAGAUCAAGAUGAUUGGAGUUUGGGGGAUGGGCGGUGUGGGCAAAACCACACUGGUUAAACAAGUAGCCGAACGAGCAAAGCAAGGGAAGCUGUUCACAACAGAAGUCUACAUAGAUGUAUCCUGGACUCGAGACCUGGAAAAACCUCAACGAGGAAUUUCUAAUAUUCAAAAAAAAAUUGCAGAGAUGUUAGGCUUGAAAUUUACGGGGGAGGAUGAGUCCACAAGAGCAAUUGAACUGAUGCAUGGACUGAAGAAGCAGAACAUCCUUCUUAUCUUAGAUGAUAUUUGGAAGGUGAUAGAUCUGGAGCAAGUUGGAAUUCCUUGUAAAGAUGAUCGGAUGGCAUGCAAAGUAGUGUUGACGUCAAGACAGCAUGGCAUGUUAUCUAAGGAUAUGGGUACUUGUAAGGACUUCCAUGUUAAUCAUCUGUGUGAUGAGGAAGCUUGGAAAUUAUUUCAGAGGACUGCAAGUGAUUUCGAGCAGGAGCAUGAAUUGCGGCCCAUAGCAACUGAAGUAUUCAAAAAAUGUGAGGGUCUUCCAGUAGCUAUUGUAACAAUUGCAACGGCGCUAAAGGGUGAGGGAGUGGCUGUAUGGAGGAAUGCCUUGCAGGAGCUGAGAAUGUCUACACCAACAAACAUAGAAGGAGUGACUGAAAAUGUGUACUCGUGUCUGGAGUGGAGCUACAAGCAUUUGAAAAGUGCUGAAGCGAAGUCAUUGUUCUUGCUCAUUGGUUCACUGGGCAAUGGUGAUAUUCCAUUGGAUGACUUGUUAAAAUAUGGCAUGGGUUUGGAUUUGUUUAGUAAGAUCGAUUCAUUGGAGCACGCAAGAGAUAGAAUAGUUUCCCUGGUGAGAAUUCUUAAAUCCUCAAGCCUGUUGCUUGAUGCACUUGAAGAUGAUAAAUACUAUGAUAGAGCUCCAAGCUUGCUUUUUGUGGAGGAAGGUAACGGGUUUGUCAAAAUGCAUGACGUGGUUCGUGAUGUUGCCAAAUUAAUUGCAUCGAAACAUCUUCAUCAAUUUGAGGUGGACGGAGUUGUUAGAUCACAAGAAUGGGAAAAGAGUGGCGCUGAACCGAGAAAUUGUACAGGAGUGGCGCUGAACCGAGAAAUUGUACAGGCAUAUUUUUGA